UGCGCGCGGGGGGCGUCACGCGGGCGGCGGGCACGCGCGGCAUUGGCGGGCGCGCGGCGUGAGGUCAUUUCCGGUGUGGGCCCGGGGAAGCGGAGCGGCCCCGAGACCGGAGCCGCCAUGGCCUCGCUGCUCAAGGUGGACCCGGAGGUGAAGCUCAAGGUUGACUCCUUCAGGGAGCGCAUCACGAGUGAGGCUGAGGACCUCGUAGCAAACUUUUUUCCAAAGAAGCUGUUAGAGCUGGAUGGAUUCCUUAAGGAACCCAUCCUGAAUAUUCAUGAUCUGACUCAGAUCCAUUCGGACAUGAACCUCCCAGUGCCUGACCCAAUUCUUCUCACCAACAGCCAUGAUGGACUGGAUGGGCCAAAUAUGAAAAAGAGGAAGCUGGAAGACCAUGAAGAGACCUUUCAGGGUACCAAAGUGUUUGUGAUGCCCAAUGGGAUGCUGAAGAGCAACCAGCAGCUGGUGGACAUCAUUGAGAAAGUGAAACCAGAAAUCAGGCUGCUCAUUGAGAAGUGCAAUACGGUCAAAAUGUGGGUGCAGCUUCUCAUUCCCAGGAUAGAGGAUGGGAACAACUUUGGUGUUUCUAUUCAGGAAGAAACAGUUGCUGAGCUUCGGACUGUGGAGAGCGAGGCAGCAUCUUACCUGGACCAGAUUUCUAGAUACUAUAUCACAAGAGCAAAGCUGGUUUCCAAAAUAGCCAAGUACCCUCAUGUGGAGGACUAUCGCCGCACCGUGACGGAGAUCGACGAGAAGGAGUACAUUAGUCUGCGCCUCAUCAUUUCAGAGCUGAGGAAUCAAUAUGUCACUUUGCAUGACAUGAUCCUUAAAAACAUUGAGAAGAUCAAGAGGCCUCGGAGCAGCAAUGCUGAGACCCUCUAUUAAGUGUCAACGUUUGAACUUGAGAACUGUUCAGUCAACUAAAGACCGUCAUUGCCUUGGUUUGUUACGUGACUAUCGAGAUGGGAAACUGGCUGGAAAUAGUAUUGCAUUCUUAGUUAAACUCUAAAGAAAUUCUUGCCUAGUUUUGUGAUUGGUUUUGUUCAGGUCUCAGGAGCUCUCCCUCUUCCUCUAGUCACUGGUAGUAGAGGCCAUGCUGCACUGGGUGCCCCAGAGGCUGCUGCAGCCAGGCAGGGACAUUCCUUCAUGCCUUGCUUCCUACCUGACUGGGAACACUAUAGACCAAGCCCUUGUCCUGUCCCAUCUCUUGUCUGGUGGCUGCACUGGGGUCUCUGGAACAGGGCAAACAGCCCAGCACGAGGGCAGGCCCAGCAGUGCCACAGCAGGGGAGCUCUGUCCCCACUGCUGGCUGUGGCCAGGCCCCUCUGCUACCAGCUCUGCACUGACCAGGGACCCUGCCCCUUGGCAGCUGUGCUCUGGUGCCACUGAGCCAUCUGCACUCCCUUUCUGGCUAUCUCCUGGCUCAGCAGAGCCUGCCCCACAGGUCUCUGCCUCACCAGUUCUGUCUGGAUCAGUGCAGAGCAUGAGGCAAGUGCUUGGAACUAGAGCUGGUGCUGUCCUGGCUGUCAGGAGCUCAGGUGGCUUCUGCCAUUUGACUAGAGCCACUUUCUUGGCUAAAACCAGUGUUCUUUCACAUACAUCCCAGUUGCCCCUUCAGCAUGGGUUCCUUUUGCCUGGGCUGAGAGAAGGGAUGGGCUGGAGAUCUGAUGCUAAACUCCUAAAAUAUCUCUGCAUGUGAUCAGACCGAGUCCCCCUGUCCCUGGCGGUGCUCCCUGGUGCCUGGGCAGAGCAGGCUGGCUGCCACAGCUGGUGCUUGACGGUGAGGGUGGCUGACACCCACCUGGUACCUUGCAGACCUUGCAGUCUUUCCCCUGCACAGGGCACACUCCCGUGCCUCGUGACUCCUCCAAGCUGCCAGAACAUUUCGUGGUCCAUUACAAACCCCUUUGGAAAUGACUGGUUGUAUUGCGUCAGUUUUUGUGUGUGGCAAGUGGGCCCAUAACGCUGCAGGCUUCAAAAUUUUCUUAUUUAUAGUAUUUCUACUUAAGUCCCCUAAUCAGGGAACGUUGAAUCAUUUGUUUCAGGAACCUCGCUGUUUCCCAGGUCUCGCUGUUACACCUGUAUAUUCUUAUUGUGCAGUAGCCUUAAGAGUUGUGUUAAUCUCAUUGUAACAACAGUGACAAAUGGAAUGAAUUUUCUUCCCUAAUUUUUUUUUACUUUAUUUUUAGUUGGUUUUUUUUUUCUCUGCUUCCACAUCUAAGAGCCAUGUUGUCUCUUGCUGGUUUCCCAGGGAUUUGCCCAGAGUGAGGCGGGCUGCUGGCCCUUGCUAUAGACUCUUCUGUUGUUGUUUGUAGUAAGUCAACUCUUAGUCUUCCCUCUAAUAAAUAUUCAGUAACAAACCAACUGCGUUGAGCUGCUGUCUGGGAGCAGCACUUCCCCUUGUGUUUCUUUGUAUUGAUUCCUUUUCAUUUGUUCAGCUUUCUUUGCCAGAUGAACGUAUGUAAACUUUUACCAUGUCAAGAAAUUAAAACAAGGUACUUGGAAUUCUUUCAA